GUCGCACCGGUCUCGACCGGCAAUCUGUUGCUAAAAAUAAAUUUGUCGGGUUUCCCAAGAUGGCGACGGCGGACGUGGAAAAUGGUGAAGACAACAUUUUAUACGACCUGACAGUUCAUGCCGAAUGGAAGCAAGAGAACGAACCAUUUAGACAUGCAGUUGGAAAACAGACCCAGCAUUCAGCGUUGGGGAAAAUUACUUCAUCUACUCAAAGGAGAGGAUGGACUGUGUUACGGAGCAUUGGUUUACCCAUACAGACAGCUAGCCCAUGUGAUCUUCCUGCAGGUCUUGUUAAGCUUGUUAAUUGUACAAUCAAUUGGCAGAUAGCUGUUGCUAGAGAUGGAAGUGUUGUUGCUAUUAUGCAAGAUCAAGGUGUAGAAAUAAGGUCAAAACGAGAUGAUUAUGCAACUGUGCAUGGGCGAAUUACGCUGGAGAAAGAUGGCCACCCUCAGUGGCGCCACCUGGUGUGGAGUCCAGACAAUUCAAUGCUAGCUUGUUCCUAUAGCAACGGAACUGUACAAGCGUUUGAUAUUGUAGGGACACAACUUUUCUCUAUACCUGGAAAGGAGGUGGCACCAGGAGUUACAGACCUGAGUGAGGCUGUAUCAGCCCUUAUAUUUACAGAUAAAGUUCCAGAUGACGAGUGGUCAUCAGAAUUAUUGGUGAUAAAGUAUCAUGGUAAACUGAGUAGUUAUAAAGUACACAGAGACAAGGGAUCUCAACUACAGCAUAUGUUUCUCUUUAACAACUGUUAUCCUCUUGGUAUCAGUUGUGCAGAAUACCAUGAAGAGGCUGGCCUACUAUAUGUUGGUGGGUGUGGUCAAGAAGAAGAGGGCAUGUCUACAGCUUCAAAGGAGGGUUUAACAGCAUGGCGUAUACUGUCUGAUUACCCUCACUUCAAACUUGUAACAGAUUAUGCUGAAGAUUUGGGCAGGGCACAAAACCAGAAAUCUUUUAGAGACAGGUUAAGAAGAAGUUGGUCACAGAUGAAAGGUGAUAAUGAGGAAGGUAUUCUAAGAUUGAGUCUGUCACCUUGUAACAAGUAUAUGGCAUCUGUACAUUUCUCCGGUAAAGUGUGUGUGUGGGCAGCACCAAGUCUGAAACUUAUUACACAGUGGAAACAUGACCAACAGCCAUACAGUGAAGAAAUAAGCCCAGAAUUUACAGAAAACCCUCAAAUCAGGAAACAAGUCAAAGACCUUGUAAAUACAAGAAAUCUUUUGGAUAUAAACUGGUGGUCAGAACAGGCUGUAAUAUUAGGUAGAGGAACAGGUGCUGUCACAGUAUCUUCAACCAAAACACUGAAAAACUUGUUGGGGAACCAACCUGAAUGGUUUGAACCUGCUCCACGACUCUCAGAAGUACAUGAUGGAGGCUUCCUGGGCCUAGAGGUUGAAUGUCGUUUUCCAUCAAAGCGCCGCCUGGUGUCAGACUCUCCAGGUGAUGAAGAAGAUGAAACUGAUGAAGAGGAGGCGGGGCUUGUAUCAAAGUCAUUGGGUGUGGCCAAGCAGUGUAUACACUAUAUGACUGACAUGGAUAGGUUUAAACCUCCAAAGAAAAAACCCAGAAUGGUCAAUAGGACAUACAGACUGGUAUGUCUGAAAUCUACAACUCCUGAGGAAUUGUUUGCCCGCAAAUUGGAGAAUGAGGAGUAUGGAGAAGCAAAGGCCCUGGCUCAAGCAUAUGGUCUAGAUGUAGAUCUGGUAUAUCAGAGACAAUGGAGAAAGUCACCUGUAGAAAUUUCUUCUAUACAAGACUAUCUUAGUAAGAUCAGUAAAAGAGCGUGGGUGUUACAUGAAUGUACGGAGAGAAUGUCAGAGAGAAUUGAUGCCAUGAAGGAGCUACUAGAGUUUGGACUGAGGGGAACUGAUCUUCCAGCUCUUAUCAUGAUUGGCAAAGGGGAAGAUAAAGGGAGGUUUAUUAUGAUUGAUCCGGAAGAUGGUUUAUAUGAGGAUAUAGAACUGGAUGAUUUUGAUCCUGAAGUUGAGGAGAAGAAAGAGAAAAUAAAACAAGAGCGAAUAGAUCAGUUAAUGACAGAGGUGGACUUUGGAAAUUUAACUUUAGAGCAAAGAGAGUUAUGUAGAGCAAGAAAGAAACUUCUUCAGUAUUUGUACAGGCUUAAAACGUAUGAGUAUAUUUUGGGCGGAGUGAGCUAUGCUGCUGAGAGGUUUGACCCAAAGUUUUUUGAGAAAUUUCGAUCGAUGAACAUAGUGGAACUUGCAGUUGAUUAUGCUCAGAGCAGUGAUUGGAAGGCUCUAGAAAUAUUGUUUACAUUUCACGGAGCGGAGCUCUUACCCCAUAGACUGGCUAUUCUUAGCAAUUUCCCAGAGACAACACCACCUGCCGAAUACAAGAUUUUAUUGCCAGAGAUAAGUGAAUCAGAGCUGGUUCCCUGGCCUACAGAUAGAUGGUGUAAACUAGACUGGGUAGAACAACAACCAUGUAAAUCUGCCCUGGAACCAGUCACAACAGAUCCGGGGGAAUUUAUUUAUGAUGAAAGACCGGAAUUUAAGAAAUAUAGAGGAGAUAUCAGUGGUGAGGUGUUAACAGACUGGUAUGAGUAUAGAGCUAAGGAGAUAGAGAAAUUAUCUAGACAGGCAGACUGUGCUCUAGACCUGGUUAAAUUAGCUAUAGAAAGACAAGUCCAGGGACUUGAUAAUGUACUUGAUGACCUUGUUACUAUGGAGAUGUUAGUGUACAGUUGUCAUAUUGAUGAGACCUUGACAUUUAAAGAGUUACAGGAGAUGGCAGACUACGAUAAACUUGAACUCAUAAUGUCAAAGUCAAGUGAUGACAUGUAUUCAAAGAAUUUGAGGAAAUGGAUGGUACCGUUCCUAAAACAGUGUGACAGACGGUCACAUGGAGCCUACAUUCAUUUACUACGUGAUUAUAUCGUGACAUUAGCUAGAUCAGACCUUGUUAGACCACUACAUAUCUUUGAGGCCUCAAAAACUCACUUACCAAAUCCUGUGAUUCCAAAGCAGGCAGAAUUGAUGUCACUGGGUAUUGAUGCCAUUUACAGUUGUCAGAGAGAUGAUCAGUUACAUUUGGCUGAGGAAAUUUUGAAAUGUUUACCUCAGAGAGGCUAUGGGGCUGAUACAAAAGAGAUUCAGAAACUUCAUGUACAUGUUGAUAAAGUUGAAGAUCAUCUCAAUGCUGCUAAAGUGCUGGCAGAAAAUGGUAUAAAGAAGCCAGUGUUUUAUAUAAAAGAAACAGAGUCAAAUGCUGAUGAAGCAGAACAAUUAAUGAUUCGACUGACUCGCAACAUGGGCAGGAGGGAAGGUACAGUAAGUGAAGUACAGUGGGCAAAAUUACACAGUGAGAUGAUGUUGUUACAGGAUAAAGUUUACAGAUGUGUAUCACCAGCACUAUGUCAUGCUAUAUUUGUAGAGAGUUUGCUGUGUUCUAGUAACCCUAGUUACAUACAACUUGCUGGACAGAUGGUUGAGAAAAAUGUGUCCGAGUCUCACAAACCGUCCCCCAUUAUCUACACGAUGCAGACCAAGGUGCCCUAUAAAAAGGCGAUAGAGCUUGUUCUGAGUGCGGCCCAGGAAUACUUUAACUCCUCCGCAAGUUUGACUGACACAUGCAUGACUCUAGCAAGGUCCUGUUUAAAUUUGAUACAAGACAGUCCACCAUCUAUACAAGAAGAGCUUGACCUUAUAUCAUCUUUGUCAGUUUUAGAUGAUUUUGGUGUCAAAGUUCUUCCAUUACAAGUUCGACUGUCAAAAGAAAGGAUAAAAUAUGUACAAGAAGCAGUUGACUGCAAACCUGCAUCGUAUAAACAAAAAGUGAAGUUACUGAGGCUAGGACAUUUGUUGAGGGUAUCAGCUGUCGACAGAGUUGAAAGAGAUGGAAAGGUUCUACAUCUUAUUGCCGCUGCUGCUGUCAAGAAUGAGGAUUUUGUAUAUGCCUAUGAGACUUGUAAUGAGUUGAUGUUGUCUGGUCAUGGUGCAGCCUGGGAUGUCUGUGUCGACCUUGCAACACAUCCAGCAUUCCAAAACUUUCACGCUAAGGUAGAGUUACUGUCAUUUGCUGUCACAUUUUGUACACCAGACAUGAUUGAACCAAUUUUACAAGCCCGGGCUCUCCUAGAAACACAGGUUCUGUUUGAAGGAAUUAGUUCUAAGGUUGAGGAUUCUGGGGAAGAGUCAAUCAAGCGGACCAGUCCAUUUUCAACAAAAGCUGCCAUGCAGCAGACACAACAUAUUCUCACAUCAACAAAGCAGACGACAAAAGCUGUUCUGUCUACUGUAACAGAUUCAAAAUGGUGGCAUGGAACAGUGAACAGAUUACGUCAACCAAUGAAAAGACAGGAAUCGUAUGAUAUGACAAAUAGGAACAAGAAGCUGGAGUUACAAUCAUGUCAUCCAUUUUAUGAGGGAUUUAUUGAUAACUGCUAUUCUAAUGUGGAUGAGGCAGAUUUCCGUAACUUAGAGACCCAUGUUCAACCAGAUACACAGAUGAGUGAGAAACUGUUGAGGACAGCUCAGUUAGAGGAGAUGUUGACAGAAGGGGAAAAAUCACAGUCAGCAACAGAAGUAUUGCUACAGUUGGCCAUUGAGAGUUUUUGUGUAGACAAUACGUUGAGUUUAGCUUACCUGUUAGCUCUUCAACAGCCAACAGAAGCAGACAGAUGUUUUGAUGAUCACCCUAGGACAGAUGUAUCUCUACAGUUAGCACUGUAUUACUAUGUCCUACAGUUAUACUCGGCAGUUAAACCAGUAGAUCUACCACAUAUAUCUCCUCUCUACUUGAGAGAACCAGUGAAGGUCAUGCAGAAGGUGACAGGUUUAGUUUGUCAGAAGAAGGAAAUUGAUUGGCCAGAAUAUGUAGUUGAUCUUGUUGAGAAGAUAAAACAUUACAGUGAGAUGUUAGAAGAUUAUAGACAAGCCAAGAUCCUGAAGAAGCUAGGCAGAGGUAUAGAUACUGACAGAUUUACUACAGACACUGAAUAUAAGACAGAGACUAUACUAGGACUGGCUAUGACAAUAGAGGACAGUAUAUAUAACAUAUCUAUCAGUUUGGCCGAGCGUUAUGAUAUACCACUGUGGCAAGUUUAUGCCACACAUCUAGAGUAUCUACUGUGUGAUAGCGGAUUAUCAGUGGAAGAACUUCAAGCUAGAGUGACAAAACUGAACAUACUUGAAGUGUUACGAUCUAGACCUGAUGAUUUCUGUGAACGUAUGAACACGUAUGUCUACCCCUCGCUGGACGGUACAGACCACCAAAUGUUACUGUUUUACUAUAGUAUGAUGCAGGGCUGUGAGAAUGAGUUACAAGGUGGUUUGACGGCAGAUAGUCAUGUCAAAUUAUUGAAGAAACUCAAAUCUGUGACUGCUGGUAUAGACUACAGACAGUUAAUGGAUACAGAAUGUAAAGUGAUAGAAGUAAUCUCCCCUUGUCUUUCAUCAUCUAAUGUUGCUACAAUUGCCAAACUUGCUAAACAGAUACCGGAUGGUAGAGGUGGUGUUUUAGAUACCAGCAUUAUUUAUUGUUGUUGGGCUGCCAAGUUUUUCUGGGAAGGAGAUGGCAAGAAACAACCUGAUUCAACAGCUGGCUGGGUACAUCGGUAUGAAGCUUGCUCAGAGUAUAUUCAAAAAGUAAAUUCUCAUCAUAUCACAGAUCUACUUCAAGAAAUUAUCUUCACUGAGAAAUCAAGAAGUUUGCUAGAAGUAGAUUGUCGUCUGGAGAUAUGUAAAAGAAUGUUAAAGUUGACAAGGCAACAGGCAAAUAAGAAGAAGAAAACAGAGGAGGAGAGGUUAGUCAACCUUUACCAUACUAAUUAUCUUAAAUGGACUUGUCCAUUGUACAAUCUGGACAAAACCAUUUGUGUACACAGACUUGUAGUGAGAUGGUGUUUAGAUGGAAGAACUACCUGUGGAGGUAUAAGUGAGUUUAUAUCAGCUGUCUCACAUAAAACAUGGACCAUUGUUACAAUUGUUCAUGAUGCAAUAGAUUAUCUUCUUAUUUGUUUAAGUAAGAAAGAGAGUGAUUUUAAGCCCCUAAAUACUGUAGACGAUCUUAUAUCCUUGGAAAAGAUUGUAGGAAAUGUGCAAGAUCAUAUAGAAAUGGGUGGGGACUUAAUCAGUUCAGAGGAUUUGAUGAGUCAGCUGCGACCUUUCUGCUCGGAUUCAUCAGUAGAUGUACAGCCUAGACUUGAUGUCCUUCAUAUACUAGAGAAGGUCACAGAGACAGAGAUAGGGUCUGCACAAUCUAGACACAAGUUAUUUCUCGAUUUACUCGAGCAAUGUGACACUGGAAAGGGAGAUAACAAUGGGAAGUCAGAGUUUUCAGCACUGUGUCGUCUGUUAAAGUUAUGGCCAUCAUUUUCCAAAUUAAACAUAGAGAAUCCAUGGAGCAGUUUGUUUAAGUGUAUGGUAGUCAGUGGUUGUCAUGACAACGUGCUGCUUGUCCUGGAGACAGUAAAAUCAACCAAAACUGGACUUUCUCAUCAGAAUAUAGAGUCAGUAUAUAAGGAUAUGAUAGACCAUGGUUACAGUAAAGAAGCUGUUAAAUUUGCUUUGAUUACUGAACAUAAAGAACUUUAUACUACAGCUAUUGAACUGUUAUCAUCUUUACCACAGAUUUAUGAGGAAGCAGAACUGAUAAACCUAAUUCUUAAGCAUAACCUUGUACCUGACCUAGUGCCGACACCACAUUAUCCAAUCAUUGUUCAGUAUAUUUUAUCCAAUCAGGAGCCAGAUAUGGAGACAUGUGACUACAUGUCUGCAGAGAGAUUGGCCAAUCAGCUUAGAGAUAAAGGAUUUGAAGCUGAAGCAGGAAGUCUAAUGCUGAAAGUUAAAACAGUACCACCUUUGUUACAAACAUUUGGAGCUGCCCUUGGUUCUAUGACUAAAUGGUUUAAAUGAGGCUAUAUUGCUGCUCAAUUCGUGAAUCAUAUAAAUGUAUUUGACUAAUAUUUGUAUGAUUCUAUACAUUUUUAUUUGAUAACAAUAGAAUACUUUAUCAUAAACUUUUGAGACAUUUGGUUUAAGGGUUUUGUAUCAUGUAAUAUAUUUGUGAAGGAGUCCAGAAAUGAACUAUAGAUUGCAUGGUAAAUUUACAAGCAACAAUUAUGUUACUAAAAGUAAAAUUGAACAAAUAUCUGUUUCCCAUAUCAGUUAUCAUUGAUACUUAUUUAACAACAAAGAAAAAAUUAAUCAACCCUAAUUAUAGUAAAGAAAAUAAAUUGAUUAAUUCUAAGGGAAUGAUAUCUGAUUGAUAAUAAAAUUUUCAUUAUUGCUUAAAGCAGAACUUUGCUCAGGUUGUUAUCAAUUUAUUUGAUUUUAUUUAUUGAUGUACAUAUACUUGUAUUCAUGGCAUGGUGCAAUGUUGAUUCAAUGUUGACUUUAUUUAGUAUUAUUUAUUAUUAUAUGUCCUCUAUAAAUUUGUCAAAUGGCCUUAUUUACCUUCAAUUGUUUGCCACUGUCCUAAAUCCAGUUUAAGAUAUCAAGAUGAAAAUAUGAAGUUGCUUAGUUAUAGAGCAUGACCCGACUGUAUGGUGAGCAAAUUGUCAUAAAGUCGUAAACUAUAGGAACAACUGUCCACUUUAGAUUCCAGCAAUUUAAUGGAUAAUAUAGACAUUUUGCAUGUUUGUUAAAAUAGAUUUUUUGUCAAGAAAUGAAAAUAUGGCUUUUAUGAAUUUAUAAUAAGAUAUUGACUUUUUUUUUGCCUCAAUAAAUCUAACAACUAUAUUAUUUUUAUAGAGCAAAACAUUUAAGAUAAAUGUUAGAGAUACAAUUGAUAUAUGUAACUAUUAUUCUGUUUGGAAUAAAGCUUGCUUGUUAUGUUGCAUUUGU